GCAGAAAUAAAUAAAUGAUCAAAAAUGAAGUUUUAUUUUAAAAAGUAUUUUAAAUAUUGGUUAAGUGAUCGAAACAUUGGUUGAUUUAACAAGAUAGUUUUAUUCAUGUUUUGUUAAAAUGGAACCUGGACUUCCAUGGCAACCAGUAAACUUAAAAAAUGGAAAAAUUGAUAAAAGGCAUCAUAGCGAUGGCGGAAAUGUUUUACAAAGAGAAGAUUUUUUUACAAGGCAUCUUUCAUUGGAAGAAGGAGACAUUUUUAAAGAGAACAAUCCUGCUAGUCCAACUACUUCGCCAAAUGUUGAAGCACGCGCUCGUAGAAAUUUAGAUACUAUUAAACAGGUUGAUUCUGCUGUUCUUCAGAUCCCAUCUUCAAGUUUUAUUGUAGUAAAAGAUGGUUCUUUAUUUACUUCUAUGUUUAUCAAACAAAUUUGUGUGAUGAGUUUGUGGUUUUUUUCUAGUUUUACCACGAUAGUAUUAAAUAAAUUCAUCCUUACUACUUUAGAUGGAGACCCUGGAAUUUUAGGUGGAAGUCAACUUUUUAUGACUACGAUUUUUGGUAGCAUAAUGAUGUAUUUUCCUGUGUGUCGCCAAAUAAGAAGUCGGAGUACGAAAAGCCAUAUUAAUAGAUAUCAUUUUUUUAAGACUAUUUCUAUUUUGGGGUGGCUCAGGUUUGGUGCCAUAGCAUGUUCAGUCAUUUGUUUGAAAUAUGUAGCAGUUUCGUUUUCGGAAACCAUUAAAUCAUCAGCUCCUCUUUUUACUGCAGUGACAGCUUAUUUUUUGUUAGGAGAGUAUUCGGGAAUACUAGUAAACUUGUCGCUAUUGCCUAUAAUGUUCGGUUUGGCCAUUUCAACGUCUACGGAGCUCAGUUUUAACUCUACAGGAUUUAUUGCGGCUGUGGUUAAUAAUAUUCUUGACUGCGUUCAGAAUGUUUUCUCCAAAAAACUUCUCAGCGGUGAUGAACCAGAGUUUAGUGCAUUAGAACUUCAGUUUUACACCAGUGUUGCAGCUGCGAUAUUUCAAAUGCCGUUAUGGUUCUUAUUUAUGGACAUUCACAGUAAACUUAAUAUGUUGGACCAAUACAUGGUUUCAAUGCUUCUUUUCAAUGGAUUUAUGUUUUAUGCCCAAUCACUAUUUGCGUAUUUGUUGAUGUCUCUCAUUUCUCCGGUAACAUUCAGUGUUUCUAACACAUUAAAGCGUGCUGUUCUAAUUUGGUUUUCUGUGUUGGUAUUUGGAAACAAAGUCACGAUGUUAAGUGCUUUAGGUACUUUUCUUGUAGUUGCAGGGGUGUUAAUGUACCUGAGGGCAAGACAUUUAGAAUCAAUAAAAAUGAAUAAAACUACCGACAAACAAUGAGUGACAGAAUUAAGUUGAAUGCUAAUGAAUGAAUGCUAAUGAAUGAAUGCUAAUGAAUACUCGACCAUCGAGGACUCGAUGUCGAGCACUUGAUCGGAUCAAGCGAUUAUUAGUUAUGGGAUUUUGAAUUUUAGCAGGCUAUGAUUCAAGAAAAAUAAAAAAUUUAGUGCAUUUACAUAUCUUAAUCAAUUUGGUUUAUUGGAUUUACUUUUUACAAAGCAUAGAUUUAAUGCAUUUACAUAUAUCUAAA